GAACCCGGGCCUGGGGGGCGGUGGGGCCGCGUAUGGAGCCCCCGCCCCCCGGAGCUGCCAACGCUGCCACCGCACCACGCACAGGUACCCCUGGGAUGGCGUGAACACUCCCCACAGCGAUGGACCCAUCUGUGACACUGUGGCAGUUUCUGCUGCAGCUGCUGAGAGAGCAAGGCAAUGGCCACAUCAUCUCCUGGACCUCGAGGGAUGGUGGUGAGUUCAAACUGGUGGAUGCAGAGGAGGUGGCCCGGCUGUGGGGACUGCGCAAGAACAAGACCAACAUGAAUUAUGACAAGCUCAGCCGGGCUUUGCGGUACUACUAUGACAAGAAUAUCAUCCGCAAGGUGAGUGGCCAGAAGUUCGUCUACAAGUUUGUGUCCUACCCUGAGAUUGCACGGUGCUCCACAGAGGACUGCCCACCCCAACCUGAGGUGUCUGUAGCUUCUACAGUGGCAAAUGUGGCCCCUGCUGCUGUACAUGUAGCCUCUGGGGACACUGCCUCCGGAAAGCCAGGCACACCCAAGGGUGCAGGAAUGGCAGGCCCAGGUGGUUUGGCGCGCAGCAGCCGUAAUGAAUACAUGCGCUCGGGCCUCUAUUCCACAUUCACCAUCCAGUCCCUACAGCCACAGCCACAGCCACCCCCUCACCCUCGGCCUGCCUCGGUGCUCCCCAACACCACCCCCGCAGGAGCAGCAGUGCCCCCCUCGGGGAGCAGGAGCACCAGUCCAAACCCCUUGGAGGCCUGUUUGGAGGCAGAAGAGGCAGGCCUGCCUUUGCAGGUCAUCCUGACUCCACCCGAGGUUCCAAACCUGAAAUCAGAAGAGCUGAAUGUGGAGCCAGGUUUGGGCCGGCCACUUCCCCCAGAAGUGAAGGUGGAGGGGCCCAAGGAAGAGUUGGAAGCUGCUGCGGAAGUGGGGUUUGUGCCAGAAGCUUCCAAGGCUGAGCCGGAAGUCCCUCCUGCGGAGGGUGUACCGGCCCGGCUGCCUCCAGUUAUGGAGACUACAGCACAAGCAGGUGGUCAUGUGGUCUCCACCCCAGAGAUCACUCAGCCACAGAAGGGUCGGAAGCCCCGGGACCUGGAGCUUCCGCUCAGCCCGAGCCUGCUGGGUGGACCAGGACCUGAACGGACUCCAGGUUCAGGAACUGGCUCUGGUCUGCAGGCCCCGGGGCCGGCACUGACGCCAUCCCUGUUACCUACGCAUACAUUGACCCCGGUGCUGCUGACGCCCAGCUCGCUGCCCCCCAGCAUUCACUUCUGGAGCACGCUGAGUCCCAUCGCGCCCCGUAGCCCGGCCAAACUCUCCUUCCAGUUUCCGUCCAGUGGCAGCGCCCAUGUGCACAUCCCUUCCAUCAGCGUGGAUGGCCUCUCGACCCCCGUGGUGCUCUCCCCAGGGCCCCAGAAGCCAUGACUACCACCACCACUGCCCCUUCUGGGGUCACUCCAUCCAUGCCCAUGGACUUCUCUCCAGCCAGCCAUCUCAAGGAGAAACAUAGUUCAUCUGACAGACUCGUGCUCUGGUUGUGGUGGGGUGGGAUUCCUGGGAAGAAGAAUCUCUUACACUAACUCGUCCGUGGAAAACACACCAUUUCUCUCUUCUUCACCAGUCCCCCAGUGGCCGCCCUUAUACAUCUCCUACUUCAGUGGUAGGGAUGGUUUAUUUAUUUAUUUUUUGAAGGCCACUGGGAGGAGCCUGGCCCAACCCUUUCAGAGGGGUGGUUAAGACAUCUCCCCCAUCUCCCCACUCUUUUUCCCCAAGGCAAGACAAUCAGGGUCUGGCUUGAGAAAGACCUUUCUUUAUUUAUUUCUCAGCCUGCCCUUGGGGAGAUGAGGGAACCCUGUCUAUAUUUUGGGGUGUAGGUAGAAAAGCUAGUUUGCUUUGUUACUCCUGGUCGUACCCAAGGGUCCGGGAAGAAUUUGUGUGGUUUCAUAGGGUGGGAGUCCUCGCCAAGGAGGAAUUACACUCUUACAAUUUGAAUUGCCACCUCUCCAACCUCUCUCUCAGACAGCUUGUCCUUUUAUCAACUAACAUUUUGGCCAGGGAGAAACAUCCCUUUUAUUCUUCUCCCCCCUGAGAAGCCAUUCCUUUGUCUGCCAAACUUCCUGGGGUCUGCCUCUUACCUCCCAAUGGAGGGUUUUCUUGGGAGCUGAUCCCCGUCUGGGGGACUCCUCCAGCCAGUACUCCAGGUCUCCUUGUCUCCCACCCCCCUGCCAUUUUGAUAGUAUAAUCUAUUUUUAAACGGGGCUUUUCAAUAAGGGAGAGGGAGGCAUCUCUUCCUAUAUCUGGUGGGGUGGGUGGGUGGGAAGGAAGGGAUUUGAGGGGAGUCUUCCUGCCGACCCCAAGUGUUUAUUUUUGAUACCAAACAUGUAUUUUCAGCUCCCUCCCUCCCAGCCCCCCAAUUUCCUGCGGGCGGGUACAAAGGACCCUUUAAGUGUCCCUGGAGUUGGGAGGGAGGAAUGAGGGACAUAAAGCCUGUCAUGUCUCAAUUCCAGGCUGGAGAGGGUGGGUUCAAAAGACUGCUAAGCCCAUCCCCUGUUAGCACCAGUCCAGGCCUGGGGACCGGGGGUUCGUGAUUUGGGAGACAAUGCUGAACUUGUCUGUUUUACUUCCCCAAAAUGGACCUUUUUUUUCUAAGAGUCCCAGAGAAUGGGGAAUUGUUCCUGUAAAUAUAUAUUUUUAAAAGUGUU